GAAAAAAAAACGCGCAAAUAAUAAAAAAGUGAACAAAUUAAAAAUACCGACUCUAAGUCCCCUUAACUCUCUAAACAAAUAAAUCACGUGUUGUUUAGACGCAUCAUUAUCUUAUUGCCAUGACAAUGUUUUGUAAACGAGUUUAUCGAUGUAAACAAAUUUUAAGUAAUUCCGUACUAUGGACCAGUGGGAGUUAUUUUUAGAGUUCCAGUGUUUCAUUGAGUUCAGUCAUCAGGUAACUGCUGACCAGCCAGUUACAGUGCGGACGAAUAAUAACCAAGGAUGAACUUGAAAUAUUCCGUCUGCAUCGUGAUCAUCUUAUACAGCAAUGAAAACAUGGUCCAUUGUGAUAAGGUCUAUAGCAUCAAUGACCAAGUUUUAAGCUGUAGUGGCUGGCUCUCUACAAUUAUAUUUAAUUUCUGUAAUAAUACUUAUAAAAUAGUCAAGAGGGAUACAUCCUUAAUGAUAGAUAAAAUGGCCCCAAAAGACUUACAAAAGGAGACGAACAGGCGGCGACUAGUCGACGAACAACAUUGGCGGCGCGUGCGCAGACAAGUGGCCUCAGAAUGUUGUCUGAGGCCGUGCACGGUAGCGGACAUCAUCAUGUAUUGUCCAAACGAUGCGAAGCUCCUACAAGAGAACCCAGACAUAUUCGAUUAAAUUUAAACCCAUCGUUAGUCAAUUGUUUAGACGAGUAUUAUUAUUUAUAAAUAUUUUUAAGUGUAAAUAAAUUUUUGGUUAAUUG